GUAUCACCUCCUCCUCCUCAUCUUUUCCCUUCCUUGGUUUGCUUGUUAGUUUACGUUUGGCACACCACUCAUCCAUCCCCUGCCCUGUGUCGGCGAUCCCAGCAUCGCUCCCUUUUUUAAAUUCCCGACUCUCUGCUCCACGCUUUGGGUCGAGUGUUUCCGAGCUUUUUUCUUUUCUCUUUUUUCUUUUCUUUUUGAUAGUCACUGGAAUCACGGUGUUUACCUCGCUUAGUUUAGUUUGGUGCGUUUUGGCGGGAUGUCUCAGAUUGUGCGAUCAUCACGAGUUUGUUUCCAAAGAAUUUCGUGACCUGUUUGCGUGUCGCGCCUAUGUGUUUUUCCCGUGCUUUGGGGUGUGCUUGGGGUCUAGUUUAUUCAUUUGUUGAGUAUUAGGUCGGGUUUUAUAGUUGUAGGAUUCCAAUUGUAGGGAUGCUUAUGAGCGCGGAGAGCUUGUUUAUAUUUUUGUGCCGGUUGGUCGAUCUAUUCGGUUUUUCGGAGAUUGUGUUGAAUUUGGAUGUCGAGUUUGUUUCGCUGAUCGUGCAGCUGAGGGUUGGUUGACAUGCUUCUUCUGGGAGGUCCAGUUAGUGUGAUCUGUCGUGGACUUGAAGCAAGUACUACUUUUCUUAGUCGCAAUUUGGUUGUCGAAUUUGAGAUUUCGUGGUAUUUUAGAGCAAUGACCUUUUCCCGCGCGUCUGCUUUAGAUGAACUCCAUGCGGGAGCUUUUGCUUUACUUCAUCCCCUGUUCAAUGAUAUUGUAUGGUGGCUUCAGCUGAUUGCAUGUGCUCCUCCUGUUCGUAGAGUAUAUCCUUGAAUUUAGGUCUAUCGGCUGCAAAUUAGUUUAACUUCGCCGGGGUGGUUUCGUGGUGCCAUUGCUCGUAUAUUAUUUCCAGCAGAAUCCGUCCUCCUGUUCUCAAUAUUGUUCAAACUCUAAUUGUUUCAAGGUUCUCUGAUCGAGACCGUGUAAAUUGUAUUGCUCCGUCAAGGAAUCUUUCGAGUUUAAUUUAAAAGAAUGUAAGUGUGAGAUUUCUCAUUUCAAAGUUACACUUACAACUCUGCAUUAUUCUUAUGAUCCACUCCCCAUCCAAGCCAUAGAAACUUACCGUCCUAUGAUUCGGGUGUUCAAAGUUGAGGUUUGAGGUAUUUUAAAGAGUCUUUUCCGGUGCUGAAUCUCGAAGAACUGAAUAGUGUUUCAACUUUAGAGGGGAUAUGUGCGUGAAGAAUUAGGUUGUUAACUACCGCUUAAAUUCCCUUCAUCUAUGAGAAGCAGUGCUGGUGCAGGGUGGUGGACCUUGGACUUGACAUUCGUGCAGUCAGGGUUGCGGGUUUUGACAACCUUUUUGCGCGGUCUUGGACCUUAGCUUCAAAGUGGAUUGCAUUUAACAAUGUCUGCGAUUUUCGAUAAGACCAGUUACCUUUGAAUAAAAAAUUUCCUGCACCAUGACAUGAGGUCGCUAGGAAGCUACCACGUCUUAAAAUUACACGAGAUCUUGAUUUGUACUUUUCGGUGAUGAGCUUAUUCUAUCAAUGGAUUUGAUCACCGUCCUGACAUUGCGUUGACGUGCUCACCAUUCUCACUCUUCGUUUACGCGUUUUAAACUGACUGGGGAACAUGUCGAAUCUGCAGCACUCACGACGGACUAAUGUCUUCCAACUACAAACAUCUGGCCCUAAAGUUCGAAGCAUUGGUCACUGGCAUUUUGCAUCCAACAUGAGAGGUCAUGUAGAGGAACUCUCAGACGCCGAAGGUGGAAACUUCAAAGUAAAGUCUUCUCGUAUUCUAGGCAAAACUCUUGAUUCAUCUGUAUCAGGUGCCCACAGAUCAGAGAAGAAAGCGACCAAAAUUGUUUUGAAACUUUCCAAUGGCCACUCCAAGGAUGUUCCUGUACAGGAAUCUUUACCUGCCAAGUCUCGACCUCGAAUCAUAAUAAAGAGACCAAAACGGCCCGUCGAACUCGAGGAAGAGAUUCCUUCCCCAGAUCCACUCCCCAGCUCACCUUUAUUUCAAGAGUCUGAAGACGAGAAACGCAAGUCUCGGAAGCAUGGGAAGAAGCGGCAUAGGAUGCUGGAGGACUACGUGGAAUACCCCGAAUUAAGCUCACCUUCUUUUCUUAAUUCUGAGGAAGACGAGGGUGUAGUGGAUGAAGAUGGGGAAGAUGAGGAAGAGGAGCAGCCGCGGAAAUCUAAAAAGCAUAAAAAGAAGCGGCGUAAGAAGAUCGAAAUGGUGGAUGAUAGUGAUGAUGAAGAUUUUGACCCCAUGGCCGAGAUGAGGAGAAAGAAAUCGGGCAAGAAAUCUGGGGACUCGUUCGCAAUGAGCACUCCAACGUUGCCAAAUUUACUUGUAGAAAGGAUAGAUAUUCUUGGAGAUGAAGCAACCAACAAGAACCUCCACGAAAUUUCUAGACCAACUGUAGCUGCUCCACUUGCUACUUCGGGUCUAGGGCAGCGUUCUGAUGAUAAUCCGAUUAUGAAGACUCUACAGAAGUGUCAUCGCAUUGCAGCCAGUUUGAAGAGUGAGCUGAAAGCGACUAGUACCUCUGACGAUGCCGUGAGUGUUGAUCGGUAUGCCGAAGUUGAUGCUUCUGCUGCCAAGAUUGUUUCUCAGUCAGAUGUAUGUGUUGCUUGCGGAAUCGCUGAGAACGAUGCAGGGCGUGUCCUCAAACCUUACCAACUAGUGGGAGUCAAUUUUAUGUUGCUGUUACAUCGCAAGAAUGUAGGAGGAGCUAUUUUGGCAGAUGAGAUGGGUCUUGGGAAGACUGUUCAGGCUGUUGCUUUUCUUGCACUUUUAAAACACCUUGAUGGAGAUCCAGGCCCUCAUUUGCUGGUUGCACCAGCUUCACUGCUGGAGAACUGGCUUAGAGAAAUUAAGAAAUGGUGUCCUGCGUUUACAGUUGUAUUAUACCAUGGAAAUGAGAGAGCCAUACAGUAUGAAAGGCUGCAUCGUGCUGCUAAAGGAAAAGGACCAGCACCUUUUAAUGUUAUGCUUACGUGCUACUCCCUCUUUGAGAGGCAAAGUGAGCAAAUGAAGGAAGAUCGAAAGUUUCUGAAAAAAUGGAAUUGGAGCACUGUGCUUAUGGACGAAGCACAUCUACUCAAGGAUCGUGGUAGUUAUCGCAGCAAACGGUUACGUGAUGUUGCUCAGAAGGCAAAACAACGUGUCAUGUUGACAGGAACUCCUCUUCAGAAUGAUUUACAGGAAUUAUGGUCACUUCUGGAGUUUAUGAUGCCUGAUAUAUUUGAUACUUCUGGUGUAGACCUUGAUCAGUAUCUUGGAACUAGAAAUUGCACAUCCGGUGUUUUAGCGCAGGACAAGGAUUUGAUUAAUCAUAUCAAGGCUAUUCUUGGUCCAUUCGUGUUACGGCGUGUGAAAAGUGAUGUAAUGAGGCAGCUUGUGGCCAAGACUCAUGAGGUUAUCUCUGUUGAUAUGCUUGAGGAGCAAGCUCUUGCUUACAAGCAGGCCGUAACUGAGUACCGCGCUUUAGCAAUGGCUGCACGAGCAUCCAAGACUUCAAAAGCUACUUCUACCAACAUAUUGGAUUGCUUAGCCCGUCGACAAGUAUCAAAUAUUUUCACACAGCUCAGGAAGCUUGGCAAUCACCCUUUGCUCAUAAGACGGGUUUUUACGGAUGAAACUGUGAAGAAAUUAGCCAAAAAGUAUCACAAGAUGGCCGUGUUUGGUAAUGAGUGCUCGGUUGAGCGUGUUCGUGAAGAGUUGAGCAAUUACAGUGACUUCACUUUACACAGAAUGUGUUUGACGUAUGGUGGAGUUCCUGGAGGUCAAGGAAAGCUUGACGAUCAUCAUGUUUUGGCAUCUGCUAAAUGUCAAGCUUUGGUAAAGCUGUUGCCUCAGCUGAAGAAGAAUGGACACCGUCCUUUGAUUUUUAGCCAGUGGACGAACAUGCUGGAUAUCUUGGAGUGGGCGCUUGCCGUAAUUGGACUUCGAUUCACUCGUCUGGAUGGCAGUACGCCCGUGACUGAGAGGCAGAAUCUAGUGGACGAGUACAACAACAAUCCAGAUAUCUUUGUCUUCUUGCUGUCAACCAGGGCUGGUGGGCAAGGUCUGAACUUGACUGGUGCUGAUACUGUGAUCAUUCAUGACGUGGAUUUUAAUCCACAAAUGGAUCGUCAAGCUGAGGAUCGUUGUCAUCGAAUCGGACAGUCAAAACCCGUUACUGUGUAUCGGCUUGUGACUAAUGGUACUGUGGACGAGAGCAUAUUCAGAAUUGCCCAGCAGAAGUUGGUGCUGGAUGCUGCUGUUCUGGAGUCUGGUGGAGAUAAGGAGUCUGCUGCAGUUCAAAAUGAGCGUGAUGUGCGAACUAUGGGAGAAAUUUUGUCAGCUCUAUUAGCUGCCAAUACAUCGUAGUUUCUGUAAGUUUGGUCUCGCAGAUAGGGAACCACUAAUCAAGUCGCGUCUCGUUAUCUGUGUACAACCAACUGUCACAUAUUGAACUAACAUUAAAACAUUUACUGGGCAUUCCCAGUGGCGUUUAGGUUUAGUCAGGUGCGCAAGACAAUGUUCAUAAGAAUUUCUGUCGAAGUCAUUGAGUAAGCCUGGUUACAAUCUAAUGGGAUCGAAACCCUUAAGUUGUUUACAGAAUCUUGCAAUUCAUUUCUUCAUUGCUAUUUUAAUCAAAUACGAGAAAACUUCUUGAUCUUAGUAUGGUGAAAGUUCUGAGAUAUGGUAGAGCUUAGGAUUCUCGUUGCAGCUGCAGCCUUGUAAAUCAACCUUCAUGGUAUUGUAAUUUUAUUCAUGUUUUGCCAUAUCUCGGGCAUCAUUUCUGUUGCUA